UCCGGCAUCAGGUGGUGAGAGACCACCCUCCCGAACGUUCGCUGUACCCCGCCAUUUGUCGCCCAGAGAAGCGAAGUGCCCGAAGACACAGCCCCUUCCCUCAAAGGGCUUACAGUCUAGGUGUGGCAGUUCCACAGUAUAACGAACAUGCAGAUGAACGCCCUGAACCCUAAAAGGAGCAAAGUCAAAAGGAGCCAUCGUUUCUGAUUCUGGGGAUACAGGAUGAGCAGGAACAAGCAGAGCAAGCCAUGUGUAAAGGAAGCAAACUAUGACUAUCUAACCAAAAGAAUACCACAAAACCCAAGGUAUCAGCAUAUCAAGUCAAGACUGGAUACUGGUAACAGCAUGACUAAAUACACUGAGAAGCUAGAAGAGAUCAAAAAAAAUUACAGAUACAAAAAAGAUGAGCUUUUCAAGAGACUGAAAGUUACAACUUUUGCCCAGCUGGUCAUCCAGGUUGCUUCCCUAUCUGAUCAAACACUGGAAGUGACAGCUGAAGAGAUUCAAAGGCUAGAAGACAAUGAUUCUGCGACUUCGGAGCCCGAUGGGGAAGUCAGUGCCAGGACCAAUGGGAAGGGGAGCCCCGGGGAGCAGUCGCCAAGCCCUGUCCAGUCCACAAACAGCGCGGGAGCCGGGGAUUCCAGUCGCUCGACUCUGCAGAGCGUCAUCAGUGGUGUUGGGGAACUGGAUCUAGACAAAGGGCUAGUGAAGAAAGCCGAGCCCAACACCAAAGACCGACCUUAUCCCGACUGCCCCUUCCUGCUGCUAGAUGUGCGAGACAGAGAUUCCUACCAACAGUGCCACAUCGUUGGAGCUUACAGUUACCCCAUCGCAACUCUGUCUAGGACAAUGAACCCUUAUUCAAAUGACAUUCUUGAAUACAAAAAUGCUCACGGCAAGAUCAUCAUUCUGUACGACGAUGACGAGAGGCUGGCCAGCCAGGCGGCCACCACCAUGUGUGAGCGGGGAUUUGAGAACCUCUUCAUGCUUUCCGGAGGUCUAAAAGUCUUAGCUCAGAAAUUCCCAGAAGGACUGAUUACGGGUUCCCUGCCAGCAUCUUGCCAGCAGCCCCUUCCUUCUGGCUCUGCCCGGAAACGAUCCAGCCCCAAGGUGCCGCCUCCACCAGCUGAGAAUAAAUGGAGAUUUACCCCAGAAGACUUGAAAAAGAUCGAAUAUCACCUGGAAGAGGAGCAGGGUCCUACGGACCAUCCCAGCCGGCUGAGCCAAGCUAAUGCCCCCGGAAGAGACUCCAAGGUUCCAGGCACCCGCAGCGGUCAGAACCCGCCCGCCAGGGGCCCUGGUGGCCCCCCGAAUCCCCGCUCGCUCAGCAGUGGCCACCUGCAAGGCAAACCCUGGAAGUAAAGACUUUGCCUGUCUUAGUCAAAUAAAUACUUUGUCUCCUUUCGGAACCCCUGAGCAGUUCCCAAGUUGGUCAUUUUCAGCAACUGCUGCAGAGGAAAGACGACGCCACGUGCAGUGGGCCCUCCUUCCUCUGUGUCCGCCUCCCUUCCUGCAUCCAACUCGGGGGGAGUGUUACAAAAACCAGAGGCAUGGCAGGCUCUAGUGUCUUCCCUAUUGUUUACAGAAUAUUUAAGUUUCUGAACCUGAGUAAGAAAAAAGAGUCUAAUUUUGGGGGCUUUUUUUUUUUUUCUUUCUUUCUACUUAGGUCCAGCUUAUAUUGGUUCAUAUCCUGCAUUGUUUUGUAAGUUCUUCGGGCACAUCUGGUACGUUCUUCCCAGCCAGUUCUUUUUCACUCGCUGUUCUUGGCUUCGUGGAGCUUGUCCAGGUGGGCUUUGCAGCCCCAGAAGCUGUCCCUGGGGGUGGAUGAUUCUCAGCUUUCAGCCACCCCCAGGGGCGGGCCCACUAGCUGAGGAGCUCUCUGCCCGGCACACGCCGCAGGCUCCGUGGUGAGUUUGGAGGCUGGCACCUUGAGGUUUGCUAGAGCCACUCUCACACUUCCUGAGUGCUGCUCCCCACCAGAUGUUUUCCUGGAACCAGCACUGUGCUGACAUGUGCUCAGCCACCUUCACAUGGGCCACCGGCUUCCUCCAGAAGAGCCCUGUCCGUUAUACGGGCCUGUGUUAAGAGCCGGUGAAGCCCCCCUGCCCUCCCCGACCUGCCCCUCAUUCAUGGUUGGUUUAUCGGUUGUAAAUUUCCAUUCCCCAGCUCAGGUCCAUCCGUCUUAGAUGGAUAGAAAUUAUGGCCACUUGAAAACAUCAGCCUCAAUCAGGCCACUGCAGGCACACAUGGUGAGGACGACUCCGAGGUCCUUUGUCAGAGCCGACAGCCCCUUUAAGCCCUGGCUUAAAAAUACAGUAUUAGUCUAAUUGAGUAAUUAGUGCAAUUUCCUGCUUACUUUUCAUUCUCACGACUGAGCUGUGAUUAGGAGGUUGUGAUUAUAGAUUCUGGUUUGGGCCAGAAUUUUGAAUCAGCAUUAAUUGAAUUGCUAGAUGACUGACAUUCAUUCCAUUUAAUUGGGGGAACAAAAGACCUCAGGUAAGGAUGAGGAACUCCGAAAUCAUCAGGAAAAGGGAAAGAACCUUGUUAAUUUUUAUGGUCUGUGAUCUGUAGCUGUGAUAAGGGACCAAGGAAUAAAUUGUCCUCUUUGUCAUGGCAACCAGCUUCUGAAAAGCCAACUGAAAAUUGCCUAUCCUUAGGUGGUUACCGCUGCUGGGUAAGAUUGGCCUUAACGGGACUAUUUUCUCGCCACCAAAAAAAAAAAAAAAA